GUGUAUUAAUGGCAUGUGCUCCUAUAAAUAGAACUCCAAUUGCCAAGCAUUCUCAUUACAAGAGCAAAUCAAGUUUUUCCAGCUCUAUUACAAUUUUCUGUUUUAAUUUGUGCAAAUUAAGAUGGGAAAUUUACACAAGUAUGUUGGAGUACUAGUUGUGAUAUUUGCAUUGGUGAUAGGAACAUCGGAAUGCCGAAAAAUACAAAAAGAUGAAUUUGUUGACAACUUUGGUAGAGGUGGCUUGGGUGGUGGUGCUGGCGGAGGUUUUGGUGGCGGCAGUGGUGGAGGUGUUGGAGGAGGACUUGGACACGGUGGUGGCUUUGGAGGCGGUGCUGGAGGUGGUGCAGGUGGAGGGUUUGGAGGUGGUAAAGGUGGUGGAGUAGGUGGAGGUUCUGGUGGAGGCUUUGGGGGUGGUGUUGGAGGUGGCGGAGGUGCAGGUGGAGGAGCUGGCGGAGGAUUUGGUGGUGGGGCUGGAGGUGGUGCUGGUGGAGGCUUUGGAGGCGGUGCAGGUGGUGGUUUCGGAGGUGGUGCCGGCGGUGAUAGGGUUUGAGUUAAAAUAUUCUUAAUCCUAUUAUAAUGUAAUGGGUUAUUCUUGAAAAAUGAAAUAAAUGCAACUUCUUAUUAAAUAUGAAUUGAUCUUGUUCAUUUGUAAAAUUGGAGUAAAAUUGAUGCAAAUUUUUAAAAUAUUUCAUGCAUCUCCACUUGUACCGCCAAAUUCUUGCAAAUCAAAGCACAGCAAAUCUAGUGAUUUCCAUUUUCGCAAAAGAUCGAUUUCUCUUUUAUACUUGAAUGAAAAUUGUAAGGCCAUAUCAGAAAAAUGGUAUAAGUAACCUCUUUCCUAAUAAAUUAUGUGUAUGGUGUAAAAAGUAUAAUAUAAAGGGUUAACCAUAUUUGUUUGA